AUGGUUUUCCACCUCAUCCCAGCCCUCGCAGUCGCAGGCGUCAAGUAUGUGAUCAAAGAAGCAACUGAUGCCCCGACUUGUGGCAAAUGUGGUAGGGAAAAGUUGAAGAUGUGGGCGGGCCUCCGUAUCAUCUUCCUUUGUGAGGAUUGCGAAGAUGGCAUGAAAGUCAAGAUAGGCUUGAAGGCCGUGCAGAUCGCAACCUUUGGUGUAAGCUAA